UCUCAGACCAAAUCUACCCACCGGGCUCACCAUGCUCAGACCACGCGCACUCUAUGGACUCUCCUACACGCUGCUACUCCUCCUCUCCCUCUCCAGCCCAGGGGAGAGCCGGCCUCACAUGGCCCACAGGGGUGCACCUGACAUGGACAGGACAGACAGCCAAAGGGCCCUGCUCCUGGAGGCCGUGAAGACGGGGAUCCUCAGCUCUUUGGGUAUGGACAGGGAGCCCAGGGCGACCCAAAAGGCCUCAGGCCCGGAGCUGAGGGAGAUGUUUCAUCUCUACAGAGAAAAGCUAAGAGAGAUGAGAGGGAAUUCCAGCCAACCGAUGAGCGAAACCUGGCAAUCAACAAUUUCCACAGUUCUUUUUCCAUCCACAGUGGAGCCGGUAAAACUACCUUGGAGGCGAGAACACCCACAAUCAGUUCGACAUAUGCAGUGGUACAGAGCUGUUUUCCAUAAAACCCCCCACAUCCAGACUGGGCUGACUCUGGCUCGGGCAGAGCUGAAGAUUUCCAGGCAGAUCUUAAAUAAACCCACAUCAGUUAAGCCUGAGGUGAGACAAGAGGUUAAAGUUCGAGUCGACGGCAUGAAGCCGAUGAACUCUGCUGCUUGGACUCACACAGACCACGUCAACGUCUCAACCUGUCAAGAUGUGCUUUUGGACCUCAGCCCCGAGGUGGAGGAGUGGAUGAUAAGUGAUGGUGGUCAAGUGCUGGUUGUGGACAUUGGGAUGGUUCUGGUCGACGGAGAUGCACUGAAGGCAAACCCAAUCAUUUCUCUGGAAUUAGGCCUUGUGCAGCCCAAACCGGCUCAGAGGACAAGACGCUCCAACAAGGAGGACGACUGUGACGAACAAGGACUGUGCUGCCGUAAGUCAGUCACCGUGUCCUUCAAAGACAUCGGCUGGACGGACUGGGUUGUGGCCCCGGCCGAAUACACGAUGCAUCUCUGUGACGGCGCCUGCCCCCACAACUACAAGCCAGCCAGCAUGCACACGCAGGUGAAGUCCCGGCUGCACCAGAUUACCAAAGGAGGGACGCCUCACCCCUGCUGCGUGCCGGCGGCCUACGAGCCAAUGGUUCUCAUGCAUUAUGACAGUAGGGGAAAGUUAAAGCUGACACCUUUUAACGACUUUAUUGUCAGUAAAUGUCACUGUGCCUGAGGGGGGGGGAUGCCAAACACAGGUUACUCACUGUAAUCUUUGGAGGAUCAUUUCCACUGGGAAAAAUAUGUUACACGGUGAAAACAAAACUGACUGUGUUCUUAAAUUAACAAAUUUAUCAAAUCUCGUCAUCAGUUUACUAAAUUAGAAUUAUGGUCAUCCACUUUUUCUUCAUUUUUUUAGUUUAGCUAAUGAAUCAAAAAAAAGAUGUUACUGCUUCACACAGCCACAGUUCAGUUGUCAUUCAUUGUCAAUCUGUUGAUUUAUAUCUUUGCCUUAAACCAUAUAGUUAUUUAUUUUAAGUUGUAUUUAUGGUUAUUUUUGUUGUUGUGUUAUGUUACAAGUACAAUUUAUUAUUUAUUUAAAGUGCUGUAGUGUUUAUGAGAAAUCUUGUGUUGUCAUUAACAUUUCAAUCAUUUUAUGUCCAAAUAAAUGCCGUGAUUAAUUCACACUGAACUGUUGCACUUGAAUGUACAUUUCAUAAUAAACACAUGUGCGUGACAUUUUA